UUACUUGUCUUUGCAGCAGAGUUGGACUGUUCAAACUGCUCUCUGCUAUGGAGUGACAUUCCAGUGGAAUAUGUAUUAAGGACUACCACCUCCCUAAUUUGUCAUUCUAUGUGAGGACCGUUACGUUUAUUUGCAGUAUUUUUUUUUUGUUACACUUAAAUUAUUUUACAAGAUGCCACGCUCAUUCCUUGUAAAGAAACACUUCAACUCAUCUAAGAAGCCGAACUACAGUGAGCUUGAAGGUCCAACAGUAUUUAUUUCACCAUGCCUUUACAAAAGUCAUCCAUUGCCGCUCAUCGCUCAACCGGAGAUUCUAAGUUCGGUGGCAUAUAACCCUAUCACAGUAUGGACUACGAGCAACUUGCCACUUUCCCCGCUCCCAAGUGACAUGUCGCCUGUGUCGGGAUACCCAUCCUCGCUCUCAGACACGUCCUCCAAGGACCACAGCGGUUCGGAGAGCCCCAGAAGCGAUGACGACGAUCGCAUGCUCACUAAACUCACGGACCCUCACGGGGUGGAGGCUGAGAAGUUUCAGUGCAGUUUGUGUAGCAAGUCCUACUCCACUUAUUCCGGAGUUGAAUGGAAGCACAAACACUGCACCUGCGACGCUCAAACGAUGGAAAUCUCUUUUAGGCUGUGAAAAUAUUGCCGAGAGGAGUACGUCAGUCUUGGAGCUUUAAAGAUGCACAUCAGAACUCACACGCUGCCUUGUGUCUGCAAGAUAUGUGGCAAAGCUUUCUCCAGAACCGUGGUUUGCAUGGGGCAUAUUCGAACACAUACUGGCGAGAAGCCCUUUUCCUGCCCACACUGUAGCAGGGCCUUCGCCGACAGAUCCAACCUCACUCACCUCCAGACCCAUUCGGAUGUGAAAAAAUACCAGGCAAAAACUGUUCCAAAACCAUUCUCCAGAAUGUCUCUUCUACACAAGCAUGAGGAAUCUGGUUGUUGUGUAGCACACUGA